AUGGGUUGUGCAAAAUCUGUUGAAGUAAAAAAAUCAAUUGCUUCAUAAAGAAGAAUCUCAAACACUAGAAUUAAGCAACUUGAUUGGUAUGAUAAAGAUGAUAAGAAUGAAACAACUAUUGCAUCAAUAGAAAAUAUAGACUACUUUUAUGAAAUAAUAAAACCUCUUGGAAAAGGAACAUAUGGCUGUGUAUACCAUGCUAAACAAAAAAGAGAACCAUAAAGAGAAGUAGCUAUAAAAGUGAUAAGUUUAAACAACAUCGAUAAACUUCCACUGUAAUAUGUAAAAAGAGAAGUUUAAAUUAGCAAGAUAUUGGAUCACCCAAAUAUUAUUAAAUUUAUAGAGACAUAUAUAGAUAAAAAGAAUAUAUAUAUAGUAAUGGAAUAUUGUUCAGGAGGAAGCUUACUUGAGUGGACAUUUAAAGAAGGAGAUGUUUUAGAUGUUAUGAAAAAACUUUUCUAUGCUGUAAAUUAUAUGCAUUCGCGUAAUGUCAUUCAUAGAGAUUUAAAGUUAGAAAAUAUUUUGUUUGAAAGUGAAAGCUAAAACUCCGAUAUUAAAAUAAUUGAUUUUGGACUGGCAAAAAAGGUGGGGGAUGAUGAUAGAAGACAUACUAUGGUUGGAUCAGUUGCAUAUAUGGCACCUGAAGUUAUGUUUAAUAAGUCUUAUAAUAAAUCUUGCGAUGUUUGGAGUUUAGGCAUAAUUAUGUACAGACUUAUAUGCGGGUAACUUCCUUUUAAGUCGCAGUAAUAAAUACAUGAUGCUAAGCUUUAUUUUGAUAACCCAAUUUGGAAAACUAUUUCUAAAGAAGGAAAAGAUUUGAUUAGAAGAAUGAUUGUAUACAAUCCUAAAAUCAGAAUUACUAUACAAGAUGCUCUUAAGCAUAAAUGGUUCAGUCUAAGGAACACAACACUCAAAUUAACUUAAGUGAUAAAAAAAUCUCACAAUUUAAAACUUUUAGAUAGAUUGAGUCAUUAUAACUAUCUAAAUUAGUUUAAAAAAGAAGUGAUCUCUAUUUUUAUAAAAAAUUUCCUUUCAAAAAAAAAAGAACUUCAUAUGAGAAACUUAUUUAGAACUUUAGAUGAAGAAUAGAAAGGGUACAUGACUUAGGAAGAUUUAUAGGAUAUAAUGGAAAAAGUAGGUAUUUAAGCAAAUGAAUAGACUAAAUCAUUUUGUAAUAACUUCUUAAGAUAGCUUACAAAUAACUCUAAAGAAGAGCAGCAAUAAUUUUAGCAUGCUGAUAUUUUACAAUAUUCAGAUUUUUUAAGCGCUUGCUUAGGACAAGAUAUAUUAUAAGACAAAGAGUGUUUAAUAGAAGUUUUUAAUUAUAUAGACGCAGAUUAAAAUGGAUACAUAAAUGAAGAUGAUAUCAAAACAGCUUUGUAACGUGAAGGAAGAUAAUUGUUUGAAAUUAAAUUUAUGGAUCUUGUAAGUGAAAUAGAUUUCUACUUUGAUCAUAAUCGACGCCUCAAUUUCGAUAGGUUUUGCUAAUGCGUUGGAUGCACAAAAAGUAUUAUUUAAUUAAAUAAAUUAACAAACAGUGGUGAGAGUGAUUCAGAAAGUAGCCAGUCAGUAAAAUCAAAAGUGGCCUCAGACGAAUAGUUAGAUAAACAUAAAGUAUAAAAUCAAAAUUUAGAAUAAGUAGAUGAACAAUUAGUAAAAAAAGUUUUUAAUGAAAAAUCAGAAAGGAAUGAAUGA